UCAUCGCAUUUCUCUGUUUUUGUCUUUACAUAAAAUAUAUUCAUCUGAAAUAUGAUCACAUACCGGGACCACCAAGGGAUAGUUUUAUAUUUGGUCAUUCCCCAACCAUGCUGAGGGAGAUGAGCAAUGGUCGAGUUGUCCACGACAAAUUUCUGGAAUGGGCUGAGACUUAUGGACCGGUGUACCGUAUCAACGGUUUGCAUGUUGUGAUGUUGUUUGUGACCUGUCCUGAUACCACCAAGGAAGUCCUGAUGUCACCUAAGUACCCCAAAGACUCACAGGUCUACAAGCGUCUCUUCAACCUGUUUGGACAGAGGUUUUUUGGAAAUGGCCUGAUCACAGCACAGAAUCAUGAUGAGUGGUACAAACAGCGAAGAAUAAUGGACCCUGCCUUCAGCAGUCUGUACCUGCGGGGUCAGAUGGGUGCGUUCAACGAGAGGGCAGAGAAGCUGAUGGAUAAACUGGCGGACAUGGCUGACACCAACACAGCUGCCAACAUGCAACACAUGUUCAACUGUGUGACACUGGAUGUCAUCACUAAGGUGGCGUUUGGAGUGGAGCUGGAUCUGCUGAAGGAGAGUGACUCUCCGUUCCCCAACGCUAUAGAGAUGUGUCUGAAGGGAAUGGUCCACUAUGUCAGAGACUUCACCUUCCAGCUCUACCCAAAGAACAAGAAGUUCAUCAACGAGGUGAAGAAGUCUUGUCAGCUGCUGCGUUCGACAGGCAGACAGUGGAUCAACGAGAGGAAAAUGGCCGUCCAAAACGGAGAGGACGUUCCAAAAGACAUCCUCACACAGAUCCUCAAGACGGCUGGCAAAGAGGAAAACAUAGCAAACGAUGAUGAGGAGCUUAUGCUGGACAACUUUGUGACAUUCUUCAUUGCGGGGCAAGAGACAACAGCUAAUCAACUAGCUUUUACCGUCAUGGAACUGGGAAGGCUGCCAGAGAUAUUGACGAAGGUGAAGCAGGAAGUGGAUGACGUCAUCGGGAUGAAACAGGAAAUCAGCUUUGACGACCUGGGGAAAAUGACCUACCUGUCUCAGGUUUUGAAGGAGACUCUAAGGUUGUACCCUACAGCACCAGGCACUUCUCGUUUCAUCCCUAAUGACAUCGUCAUCAACGGCAUCCCCAUCCCAGCAGGAGUCUCAUGCUUGUUCAAUUCGUAUGUCUGUGGAAGGUUGGAUAAGUUCUUUGAGGACCCGCUGAAGUUUGACCCAGAGAGGUUCCAUCCAGACUGCCAAAGCUCCGAGACAGGAGUUGUCAAUGCAAGAUCUAGGGUAGGGUACCAAAGAAAUGUCUGCGGCAUUGACCCCCAGAACACAGUGGCCUCCAUCAUUCUUAAAUGGAAGAGUUUUGAACCACCAAGACCCUCCCUAGAGCUGACCACCCAGCCAAACUGA